GUGCGCAGUAGCACAAGCUAGGCACUCGGUAGACUGAAUAGCGAAGUGUCUCAUGGAUGAUGCGUCGGUUGCCUCCAAUACCCCGUCACCCAGAGGCUCCCUAUAUAAAUACCGUUCCCCUCGCUCUGGCUAGAAACAAGCGAACACAGAGAAUACUGAAAAAUAAAUCAACAUACGUACAUAUAGCUCCAUACCACAGGAGAAAUGGCCGGUGAAGAUGAACUGAAGCUGCUGGGCACAUGGGCGAGCCCCUGGGCUUCCCGGGUGAAAAUUGCACUCCACCUCAAGGGCCUGAGCUACGAGUACGUCGAGCAGGACCUCGACAACAAGAGCGAGCUCCUCCUGAGCUCCAACCCGGUGCACAAGAAGGUGCCCGUGCUCAUCCACAACGGCAAGGCUAUCUGUGAGUCACUCGUCAUCUUGGAGUACAUCGACGAGGCCUUUGGCGCAAUAGGCCCCUCCUUCCUCCCUGCCGACCCCUACGAACGCACCAUAGCUCGGUUUUGGGCAGCCUACAUUGACAACAAGUUAGCUAUCCCAUGGGCCCAGGCAUUCAAGGCUAAUACAGAGGAGGAGAAGGCCGAAGGGCUGAAGCAGACGUUGGCAGCGGCUGAGAUGCUAGAAGGUGUUCUGAAGGAGUGCUCCAAGGGGAAGCUCUUCUUCGGUGGCGAUAACGUUGGGUACAUGGACAUCGCGCUAGGUGGUCUGAUCACGUGGCUGCAGGAAACGGAGGAGCUCUGCGGUGCCAAGUUCUUUGACACCGCCAAGACCCCUCUUUUGUUUGAAUGGAUGGAGCGCUUUAGUGGGUUGGACGCAGCCAAGGUGUCUCUCCAGGACGGCGGUAGGUUGGUCGAGUUUGCCAGGAGGCGGGCUCAGAUGACCGCUGCUACGACCAUGCUUGAUGUAAUAGUAAGGAAGCGUCGAAGUGGCCCCCGUAAAAGCACACUUCACUGCACUAGCUUCGCAUCGCAAACGACCUUCAGUCUUCAUCUCUUCAUACGCCGCAACACAACCAUCACACAAUCUGACACUGAUCCCCGACUGAAAAUGCCGUCGGAGAAACAGGAAGAGGCGGCCGUGCGCGUGCUGGGCCGGUGGCCGAGCCCGUACGUGAUCCGGGUCCUAAUAGCACUCAAUCUCAAAGGCGUGGAGCACGAGAUGGUGGCGGAGCCGAAGGGCAACAAGAGCGAGCUGCUGCUCGCGUCCAACCCCGUGCACAAGAAGAUCCCCGUGCUCAUCCACAAUGGCAGGCCCAUCUCCGAGUCCCUCGUCAUCCUCCAGUACGUCGACGAGCGCCUGGGCCUCCCAGGCCCCGCCAUCCUCCCCUCCGACCCGCACGCCCGCGCCGCCGAACGGUUCUGGGCCCAGUACGUCGACGACAAGUUUCCUACGGCGAUCCGUGUCCUGAGGGGAAGGGUGGUCGGAGACAAGGAGGAAGCGGCGGCUGAGGUGUCCGCGGCGCUGUGGCAGCUGGAAGGGGCCUUCGUGGAGUGCGGCGGAGGGAAGGGUUACUUCGGCAGCGACGGCGUCGGGUACCUGGACAUCGCGCUGGGGUCGCACGUCGGGUGGAUCAGGGCGGUGGAGAGGAUCAACGGGGUCAGCCUCCUCGACGCGGCCAAGGUGCCCAGGCUGGCCGCGUGGGCGGACCGGCUCUGCGCGCACCCGGCCGUCGUGGACGUGUUGCCUGACGUGGACAGGUUUAUUGAGUUCAGUGUCCAGAAUGACGGCGCUCUGGCGAAGCCGGUUGAUGAGGCUUCCAAGUGACCAAAGAACUGGUGUGGCGGCACUGUGGGGUGGCCAGUGUUUAGUGGAGUGAGAAAAAAAAAUGAUGAGCUACUUGUUUGA